AUGCGAUUGGACUUCAUAUCGACAAAGGGAAAAAUAUGCCACCACAAGUCUUCUCCACAUUAUAUUUGACGAUUCUUGCGCGAUUUUUUCAUCAAUUCAACAAUGUCAAUGUUCUAGACAAAGAUGCCAGCUAAUCUUGAUAUCAUUUCAAUUACUGAGCUUUCACUUUGGCAUUGUUCGUCCCGCUGAAAGGAAUGAUACUUAAUGAGAUCAACAGUAUUGAUGUAAUUUGGAUUUUGGUUCGAAACUUGCUACUCAAUAUGGGACUUCAUUGCAUAGAAUGUCGGGACGGAAGGGAAAAGAUACGCUUCUCAGAGCAAGCCGACGAAAAUGGCAAUAUCUUUAAAGCAUUCACUAUAGCAAAUCAGCAGCAAAAGCAGGCUGUAAUUGAAGCUCAAUUUCUCGCAAACCAACUCGCUUCUUUGAGCUUAAGAUCGGAUUGAAGAUGCUAUUCUAAGUGCUGGGAAAAUCAAAGCUAUGAAGAAGCAAAACGAUGCCAAAAUUUAUUCCUGCUCGGCAUCCGUACGCACCAUGGAUUUUUUAUUGUGUAAGAUAAGGAAAGCAAAUUUGGCGUACAGACACUGCAUCCGACUAGUGUUGGGGAAGAAGUUGAAUCAAGUGCAGCUUGAUAUGGCGUAACAAUUGUGACGCUGAGCCAAAUAACAAGGGCGUACAAUUGCUUCUAGACGCCAUUAUCGAAAAUAUGCCGUCACUUAAACUUGACUCCAUUUAGAGCAUACGCAGGCAAGAAUAAGCGACGACGCAGCGCUAGAGCAACACGAAAACUUAAAUUUUUCCGUGUUCUUAGAUGACAACGUGAGCCAAACUCUCAAGUGUUGUAUGGGGCAAGUGAGAAGCGAUGACGAGCCUGAAUCAUUGUCGGUGCUAUGCGUGAUAGCUGAUCGUGGCUAUAUGACAAAUGGUGCCAGUUUGUGCACACACGAUGAUAUGAUAU